CGAUCAUUCUUGCUUUCUGCCACGACUGCUUAAGACAUGGCAGGCCUUCUGGCUACAACGACUGUGAUCUUUGUUCUCGUUCUCGCUAUAUUUUAUCAAGUUUAUCUAAGUCCCACGCUGACAACAUUUGGCAUCGGUCGAACUGUCGGGCCAUACGAACAUAAUGGGCGAUGUAAAACCAUUCUUGAGGUAGAAGGGUGUGAAAAGAUAGUGCUUCACCAUGCAACUGGAAAUGUGUAUAUGGCCUGCUCGACACUGAAACAACGAUUCCAUGCGUUGCAUCCAUCAAAAGAAGCUACUAUACCGAGCUCUGAAACCAACUACUUUGCGAUGUAUAGUCCAGACGGACGUAUUACCCGUCUCUCCCUACAAAAUUUUGACAUGUCUCGCACUGUCGUAUUCCACGGCAUGGACGUCGUUCCAUCAUCCACUAAUACUCAAGAACUCUUUGUAUAUCUCGUGCACCACCGUCUGCCUCUGGGCUUUCAAGACCCUGCACGAGUGGGCUACGACUCCUCAAUUGAAAUAUUCAAAACUUCCGUUGGAAACACAAUUUUGACACAUCUACGAACCGUUGAACACCACAUUAUUUAUUCCCCCAACGACGUUAUUGGCUCCGCCGAUGGCAAGAGCUUCUUCUUCACCAAUGAUCGAGGGGGACCAAAAACCGGCCUUACACGAGAUUUGUACGAGUUCUUGAGGCCAUCUUCGUCUGUUGGCUACUGUCACGUCGAAGAAGGCUGCAAGACAUCGAUAUCUGGAAUGCUCAAUAACAACGGUAUCGUCCAAGCUGACAACGGAACCAUUUAUGUCUCCAGCACCCUCUCGAGUGGAAUACGCGUGUUAGAGAAGCAGGAAGACAAUACACUCGUUCUAACAGACGUGAUCCCCUCCGAAACUAUCAUCGAUAAUUUGUCCAUGGAUGAAACUGGGGCUGUGUGGGCGGCUGGUAUUCCGAGAGCGCAGGAUGCACUCAAAGCAAUGAUGAACCUGUUCACAACCCCAUGUCCUGUCUCAGUUUACAGGUUUUCUAUAAACACCGGAGAGAAGGUGCUGGAAGACGAUGGAAGCUUGGCUUCUUUCAUUAGUACGGCAGCCUAUGACUCUCGACGCGGUCGACUGUACCUCCAUGGUCUGGGUUCUCCUGGGCUUACCGUAUGUACGAUCUGAGAAAGCCUUUGGGGGAACAAGAGCAUCACUAUCCGGUCUGCCGUAUUGUAAAGAGGAACCGCAGGGGCAGGGCUCUCAAACACAAAAUAAAUCAUUUCCUCAUGACAAACAUCGCCACCCAUGGGAACUCGAGGGAGGAAGAAGAAGAAGGUAGCUCUUUAACACUCCGAACCGUUCCCAGGACGGUUCACUUUUCACAUUGGUCGUUUUCCAGAAACAAAGAUCUCCGAGUCAAUAACGUCGGAAAAAGAGUGUCAUAAGUGUGAUAAUUAUAGAUAUCUAUUAUUGGAAACCCAACCCAGGAAUAAGGACGAAGGCACUUACUCU